AUGUCAACUCUAGAAGACCUGGAUGAUCUUGAGCGCGAGCAAAGAGAGGAUAAGAAUGAAGGCAACGACGAGGGCAAGGAUGGCAAGAAGGCAGACGGCAGCGCAGGAGGAGCGGCUCCUGGAUCAAAGGAUGAAGAGAUGAAAGACGCAGAGCCCGAGGAGGAUGUGCUGGACGAAGAAAUCCUCAGCUUAAGCACGCGAGACAUCAUUGCGCGGAGGCGGUUGCUUGAGAACGACAUGCGAAUCAUGAAGAGCGAGUUCCAGAGAUUAUCUCAUGAGAAGGCGACCAUGAACGAGAAGAUCAAGGACAACCUGGACAAGAUCGAGAACAACAGACAACUUCCCUACCUUGUCGGCAACGUAGUUGAGAUACUCGACCUGGAUGUCACUGCAGAAGCUGCGGAAGAAGGUGCAAACAUCGACCUGGACGCCACCCGGGUUGGCAAGUCUGCGGUCAUCAAAACCUCAACACGGCAAACCAUCUUCCUUCCCCUCAUCGGCCUAGUAGAUCACGAGAAACUGAAGCCUGGUGAUCUCAUUGGUGUGAAUAAGGAUUCGUAUCUCGUCCUCGAUACGCUCCCGGCCGAGUACGAUAGCAGAGUGAAGGCCAUGGAGGUGGACGAGAAGCCGUCAGAGAAAUACACAGACGUUGGUGGCCUUGACAAGCAGAUUGAGGAGCUCGUUGAGGCUGUCGUGUGGCCGAUGAAGGAAGCUGAGCGGUUUAAGAAGAUUGGCAUCAAGGCUCCCAAGGGUGCCCUGAUGUACGGCCCUCCCGGUACGGGCAAGACAUUACUGGCACGUGCCUGCGCAGCCCAAACGGACGCCACGUUCCUAAAGCUUGCCGGGCCCCAGCUUGUGCAGAUGUUUAUCGGAGACGGUGCCAAACUUGUCCGCGACUGUUUCGCUCUUGCAAAAGAGAAGGCGCCCUCAAUUAUCUUCAUCGACGAGCUGGAUGCUGUUGGUACCAAGCGUUUCGACUCGGAAAAGUCCGGUGACAGAGAAGUGCAGCGAACCAUGUUGGAGCUUCUGAACCAGCUCGACGGUUUCGCUUCAGACGACCGCGUCAAGGUGCUUGCAGCGACCAAUCGUGUCGAUGUGCUGGAUCCUGCCCUGCUACGAUCUGGCCGCCUGGAUAGAAAGAUCGAGUUCCCGCUGCCUAACGAGGAGGCUCGGGCCCAGAUUCUGCGCAUUCACUCUAGGAAGAUGACGGUAGAUGAGGGGGUUAACUGGGCCGAACUUGCACGGAGCACGGACGAGUUUGGUGGUGCGCAGCUGAAGGCUGUAUGUGUGGAGGCUGGUAUGAUCGCGCUGCGGUCAGGUCAAUCGAAGAUCAGUCACGAGCAUUACGUGGACGCCAUUGCGGAAGUCCAGGCCAAGAAGAAGGAUACUGUUAACUUCUACGCGUAA